AUGACCGAGGGUCAACCAGUUUGUCAAUCCUGUCCAAUCGAUCGUUUAACAGUGGUCUAUCGUGAUGUCACGUUUUUGUCUUGAAAUGCAGCCGAGUUUCCGUACCAGGUACCGAAAGUUUCGUGUGUGAAGUCGCCAUAUUUGAUCCACUUGAUAAUCCACAGUAACUUAAGCUCAUACUUAUUAAAAGACCAGAGAAAGGAUAUUAAUAUCAUAAUCGAGGUAAGAUUCUGAUUAGACACUCUUCAAUCCUGCCCUUUAAAGUGAAGAGUUCAGCUUCAGCUAAAGGUUGUUUCAAUUUAAAAUAAGAUAGUGAUCAUGUGGAUUUAGAUACCAUGUGGCUUUGCAUUGGAGUGGAUGUCGGAGGAACUAAUACUGAUGCUGUGAUACUGAGAAAGAAGGAGGUAUUAUGCUCUGCAAAAGUACCAACAACUGCAGAUGUAACAUCAGGGGUCACCAGUGCCAUCCGAUCAGCAUUAAGGGAACUCCCAAAUGAAUAUCAACCAAAUCCUGCUCAGUACGUUAUUAGAGUUAACAUUGGUACAACCCAUUUUGUGAAUGCAGUUGUCCAAAGAAAAAAACUGACUAAGGUUGCUGUACUGAGGCUGUGUGGACCAGCAACUCAAAGUGUACCACCUUUGUGUGAUUUUCCUACUGAUUUAAAGAAUGUAAUUACUGGGAAGUAUUUUUUCCUCAAUGGUGGUUACCAGUACAACUGCUCCUGUAUAACUGAUGUUGACAAGGAAGAAGUUUGUAGGAUUGCAAAAGAAGUUCAUGAUGAAGGUUAGCUAGUGCUCUUUACAAAUAGGGCUAUUUUUAGUCACAAGACACAAGUAGCUCCUAAAGUUGUAUAUGUUUUCUGUCAUUGAUGUCAAUCAUAAUUAUGUCAUUAUUACUUUCACACCAUAUAUGGCAUUGUCAUGGCUGGUUUACAUAACUUUCUCACAGUGACAACAGGAGGGCAUUUUGCAUGUGCAUGCGUGCAUCCGCUGAAGGACAAUAGUGUGGGCACAUCAAAAACUCGCAUAAAGGUACCGUCCUUUUAAAAGCCAUUUCGUUGGUGCUUUGAAUACCGUACUUUCCUACAAAAAUAUUCUCCAUGACAAAAAUCGGACAUUUUCUAUGUGGGUUUUCACUAGUAGAUUUUUCAGCAGUAGGUGUUCUUGGCCUUUUAAUGACUUUCAAGACUCAACGCCAAAAAGUCGUGUUCCUGUAUAAGUCUGAUUUUCACUGGCUAAGCAAUGCAUUUCUAUAGUUUGAUUUCCAAACUUGUGGUUUCACUUAGCAAGGAGGAAAUGCAUCGUAGCAAUGUUCAGCUGCCUUAAGACUAAAAGCAAAAAAAAAUUUACCACGUGAGGUUUAUUUAUUAGCGCAUGGUCUCAUGUUAAACUGGCCGCGGAGACACGCGUUUAUACAUGCCACAAAACAUGAAAUCUAUGGGUUUUUUACAGUCUUUCGAAAGUUUUCAUGGAAAAUUUAUAAAAGUAUUCUACAGGAAAUGAAGAAUGGAUUGAGCUCAAGAGAGCAACAAUUACAAGUGAUUUUGGAGUACAUAAUCACUUGAGCAUUUCAUAAGCUCAGUUGCAGACAAAACAAAUGCACAUACCCCGAAAAAAGGAACAAUACUUUUAUUUUUCUUUAACUCUAAAAGAUACAGAGAUUUUUCCCAAGCUAUUAUUUUGAAGCGACUCUUGAGUAACAGCUCCUGUGUUCCACAAUCGAUUUCUUGUUAUUAAUUUAUAUUUGAUGACAGUACUGAUCUAUUCAAAACGGAGAAUGGCCAUCACUCCAUAAAUCUAAAUGAUGAUGUUGUUCACCUUGAAAGCCUGUUUAAAGAUAAGACAGGAAGUUUGGUAAAGGAGUGCACAGGGCUCGACUUUCAGAAAAAAAUCUUGGGGCCAACUGGCCCCCAAGUUUUCAUUUUUGGUCGCCAGAACAAGUAUUCUAGUUGCCAAAAAUUAUAUUUAAGAACUAAUGGAAUACAAUAAACUUAACAUCUUUAACUUAGCCUUAACAGAAAAUGAAUGUUUUAGACUUCCUUUGAACUUUCUUUCCAAUGGUUUUCCCUGAGGCUCGAUUACCAGCUGGUGUUCUGGAAAAGGAACCUGCACUCAUGCGUAAAUCUCCUCAAGGUAUUCAAGCUUAAGAUUCAGGAAAUGGAAUACACAUUAAGAAAAACAAACUUUAGGAAUCACAAAAAAACUUAUUUGGGUUUUUAAAGAACAAAAUCUGCAAAAUUUGUGUUGCGUCCUAUGUAUUUGCAUGUUCAGAAAUGAACACCAGUGAACUUCAUCUAUUUCGCGGUUGCCUAACACAUGACCAAAAGUCUCCAGAAAGAGGAAACGUCGCUAAUGUUUUCGGGCAAAGAAGUUGAUUUCAUGAGAAGUCUGUUAGACAAACAGCAGGAGUUCAACGGUACUUCAUUAGAAGUCAGUAAAAUACAGUAGAGCUUUUACUUGGGUCAUCACGCUCAACAGAAAUUUGCGUAAAGUUGUUUACAAGAAUUGCGAAGCUCAAGAAGUAAGCGCCGUUUGUUCUCGAUUAGCUUCGAUUAGCUUAAGCUUUUAUCAGACUAAUCUGCUUUCGAGUCCGCAAUCGAGAUACAUGUUCAACAUAAAGAAAUAAUAUUGUUUAACGAAAAAUUAUCAUACUGACCUUUUCCUCCUGCUCAAAAAAUGUGCGCAAAAUGUAAGGUCAUGAAGAACAUUCAGCCGCCAUCUUGUCUUCGAUGUACUGUUUUACAAAAGGGAAAGACUGUCCUCUCAAGGGUGACAGCGAGGCUACAAUAAACUCACUUUCAUCAUAGAAAUACCUCGAUACCCUAAAGAACAUGUUUGUUGAACGUAGCAUCCAAUACACAUCAUUCAGCUCCAGAAUACAGCCUGCAAAUGCUGGUACUGAACGUAAACAAUUCACAGAAAAUGCUUUUGUGGCACUUCAACAGCCCAUAUUGAUGCAUGCGCAUACAAAAUGCCCUCCUGUUCACAGUGACCACUUCUUGUAAGCGACCAUCUCCUGUAUGCAACCACUUUGCAAAUAACCAUUUUGUUCAAACUCAGUAAUUUUACUGUAUCAAAAAUGUGUCUGUGACUGCAAGCAGUUCUUAAGUGAAUGCGACCAAUUUUUGGGCCAAAAAUUUGUCAUAUUUACUGCAUCUAGUUUUCUGUUUCCAGUAAGCGACCACUUUGCUUGAUCGUGAAUGAUCAUAUACCUGCCAACACUCAGACAUUAUGCAUGAGUCUUAUGCCUGCAGACUAAAGACAUUGAUCUUGCGCAUUAUCUGUUUCAAAGUGUCAAGUACAAAGUUUCUACAGCACACCGUAUGGAGGGGGACUUUGGCGGGGUAUCCAAUACCGCAAUACCGUAAGAAAAAUUGGCAAAUACCCAAAUGCCGUGUCAAAAAUCAACGAAAUACCGAUACUGCAUUUAUGAUCGCUCACGUUUAAAGCUUUAUCCGUCCGUCCGUCUUUACCGCUGUAUGCACCAGAAAUCAACCUCAGACAUUGCGAGAAAACGUGAGAAGACCUUGAUCGGUAGAAUUAUAGAAAAGCCCAGUCAUUGGACACCCUUCCACUUUCAUCAUAGAUUGUGUAAUCAGUAGUGGGGGAGGGACCGGUUACUCCGGUGUUUUGUGAAUUUAAUUAACUUUUGACUGGUAUAAAUUAACGCAGAUGAUGUCAUGCAUCUCAUUAAGAUGGGAUGAUGUCAUAGUUUAAAUUAAUGCUGAUGACAUCAUUCAUUUUAUUAAGAUAGGAUGAUGUCAUAGUUUGAAUUAAUGCUGGUGACGUCAUGCAUGUCAUAUAGAUAGAAUGAUGUCAUAGUUUAUUUGUAGCUGGCAAGGAGCAAGUGACGUCAGAAUUUCCUAAAGUUGACAUCAUCAAAAAAUGUUGAGAUCAUAAUCUAUAAACAAGAUUUUUAUAUAAUUAGCUAUUUGCUAUAGUCUUCUGUUUAGAUAUUGUUUGCUGUAUUCUUCUGAUUGGAUUUUGUAGAAAUUGUCAUGUGUUCAAAAUAAAAGCGGGCAAAUUUUGAACGUGUCAUCUUUACAGAUUAUACUAAAUGAAAAAUCUUUAAUCAUUAACUUAUUUUCACUAAAAAUCAGUUAUAAACAAAACCAUGACAUCAUCCUAUCUAUAUGACAUGCAUGAUGUCACCGGCAUUAAUUUAAACUGUGACAUCAUCCUAUCUUAAUGGAAUGAAUGAUGUCACUGACAUUAAUUUAAACUAUGACAUCAUCCCAUCUUAAUUAGAUGCAUGACAUCAUCUGCGUUAAUUUAUACCACUCAAAAAGUUAAUUAAAUCCACAAAAAACCGGAGUAACCGGUCCCUCCCCCACUACUGUAAUCAUUUACCAUUAAGUCUAAAGCCUUAAAAUAUUAACUUUUAUUAACCUGUUUAGUUUACUGUUGUUCCCUUUGCACAUUGUAUUGGCCUGUAUUAGACAGGAGAGCGCAAAUAAAUGGUACCGCAAUACAGUGAAGGAUCUAAGUUCUUUUACCGAAAACUGCUAACCAAGAGAAUAAAAAACCGUAUACUUCAGGUCUAGAUGACAGCGCAAUACUGCACAUUAAAAUCAAAAUUACCAAAAUACUGCUUGAAAAAAAGCUCAAUACUGCAAUACCGUAAACCCCCAUGUCUCCCUCUGAGUAUGAUAACAUUUGCCUAAUUUCAGCUUAUUAUAAGAUAUUAUAAAAUGGAAUGUAAUUACAUUAAUCAACUGAGUUUGAGCUUUAUUUUGUCAGUCUUUGCAAUCUGUAGAUGUCCACCUACUGUAAAUGACUACUUUGUCAUGCCCCAAGGGUAGUUGCAUGCUCACAAGAGAGUCUAAUGUACUCUUUAAUAUUAAUUAGGCAUAACGAAUAUUGUCAUCGCUGGAGUGUUUUCUCCAGCUUCUGGAAGACAAGAACUACAAGUUUCUGAGAUCAUCAAAUCCACUUACCCAGAAAUGAGCAUGACCCUUUCUCAUGAGGUGGGACUUAUAGGACUUCUGGAACGUGAGAAUGCAUCUGUUCUAAAUGAGAGUCUAAAGCGCCUUUGUCAGCAGACAGUGGAGGCAUUCUGUGAGGCUUUAAAGACAUUAGGCUUGAAAUGUCCAUUUUAUCUCACACAGAAUGAUGGCACCAUAAUAAGGUAAUUAGUGCCAGAAACAUUAAUUUUUAUUUUCUGUAAUGAGUUUAUAGGACGGAUCUGUUCCUUAUAGUGACUGUGGGUGUGUUUUUGUGGGAAAAUCCAAUCUGGUUUUUAUCCAAAGAAGGAUUUUGCAUUUGUUUGGGCAAAUCCAGAAAUGGAUCAUGAAUCCUUAAAAUCCACACUCUGGGUGGAUUCUUCAGAUCAAACCCAAAUCCAGAUUUUUGAGAUUCACAAUCUGAGUGUUCUUUUGGGAAAGGAUUUGAAAAAAGUAUUUCUGACAAGCAAUUUUCGAACAAAAAUGGUACACAACAGAUGCCAUUCAUGUAUGACAUUCUAACUGAACCUAAGGUGGUUGCACCUGAACUUGGAGCCAUCAGUUACAUAUAUUAUUCCAUGUUUGUUAUCUAUUUAUAUUUGUAUACUGUUUUUAAUCCCUUACUUGUCCUGUUUUUUGAACGUAUGUAGUGUCUACUUACACUGGUUUAUUUUCCAAGUAUUUUAAAAAAAGACAAUUCAUCAGUUUCAGUUUUAAAUUGUUAUAAUAAUUAUAAGAAUUAAAAUUAUUAAUUAUUAAUUAGGAGAUUAAAAUUAUUUUAAUCUCCUAAGGUGUAUUCUAUUCGAGAUUUGUGUUUUCAACUGCAUAUCUACAAUUUGUAUUUUCAUACGUAGCCUUCUUGUAUUUGCCGCAAAGAUCAGUUUAAUUUUUUUUCCCCUCCAUUUUUCUCAUCACGAGAAGCACUAGUACAUGCUGUUGUCAUUGUAAAUGAUCCUUUUUUGGAUCUUCCAUUUUUUGGUAGUGAAAAACCCAUAUGAUCUUAGAUCACAAAUCCAUUUUUGGAUUCUCCCAAUAAAAACGCCCCCCUGCAAGUUAUCAGUAUUUACACUAUUAUACACAAUUUUCAGUUCAAUGGGCAGUUAGCUGUGUGACCAGGAACUGUUACCAUUUAUCCACAAAUUUGGGUAAAAAUAACACACACACACACUAAAGAAAUAAGAUAAUAGCUGCAAUAGCCGAAAUUUAAGAAGACCAGAGAGAAAGUAACAGCUAAAAAUGUGGUAAUGUUAUUUUUUUGCAAAUAAAUUUUGGUCCUUACACCUCUUUCUAAUCAGUUUAGCUUAACAUUAAUGAAAUAGGGAAAGAUAUGGUGAAAGCAGACAAACCACAGAAACAUAUUUUUGUUACUUGAGUAAUCUAGUGCUGAACAAACAAGGCAUCUUCCAGUUUUCACAUUUGCCUCUGGUCCAACAAACUCCAUGCGUGGGGCAGCUUUUUUGUCUGGAGUCCAGGAUGCAAUUGUGAUCGAUAUUGGAGGAACAACAACUGAUGUUGGAGUUCUUAAAGGUGGAUUUCCAAGGCAGGCAGCUACACGUGUUAAGGUGAAUGUAUUUCACUCUUUCUUAACAGGCAAAUAUAUUAACAUUAGAUACAAACUGCUCCAAAAUAGACACUUACAUGUAUAAGUGUUUCUUGGUGUUCUUGUCACUUGAUUGACUCUCUUUAUAUGACAGACUCUUUUCUAAGACAGACAUUUUAAGUGUCAGUCCAGACAUUGUCUGUCUGAGAGAGAGAGAGAACUAUGUUGACUAGUUCACAAUAUUAUUUAACUGCUCUUGUUAAUCUGAUGAAUGUAAAUCAGCAGUAUGAACAUCAACCAACUUCCCAAUGCCUGUAUGUUUGUGAAGAGUGUUUAAAUCCUUCCAGAUGUUACUGCCUUAGUAGAGUAAUUCACAAUCAGUUAAGUAUAAUAUUUUUGUUUAACUGACGACUGUAGAUUGGCGGCGUGAACACCAACUUCCGAAUGCCUGAUGUUCUGAGUGUUGGACUUGGUGGUGGAUCUAUAGUGCAACAGUCAGAUGUUAGUAUACCAUGAUACUGGUCAAUUUCUUUCCUAGUAGAAAGGAUUGGUUCAGGUUUUUUGGCAAAGAAAUACAUUAUCCAUCUAGUCACAGUCUAGUAAUAGGGGGCCUCAGUUCUAGGUCUGACUUGACCACUGGCUGGAUUUGUUCUUGGUAACCUUGUGUUCAAACCCUCUGCCAUGCUUGUGUAAAUAGCCAAUACUAGUCUGCCUCCAGCCAGCUGGGAUUCCAAUCCUACCCUUAUGGGUUAUAAAUACUUCUAGGGGUAAAUAAGGGAAUUGUUAUUUUUAUCAAUUUGGAGGAUGCACAAUAUGUGGACAUUUUUAUGCUAGAAAUGAGACAGAGAUCCAUUGGUCGCCAGUUGUCCACAUUCACCCCACUUUAAUAGAUCUCUAGGCAAGUAUAAACACAGCAAAUGCUUUAAAAGACCUUAACAUAGCUUGAAAUCAAGGGCUGUCCAGUUUGUGUUCUGACUCACCCAAAAAGUUCAAUGGCAAUGAUUUGGUUUUAAAAUUUAGAAUGAACAGUUGGUCCCCUCAAAGGAAAUCAUAACAGUUCUGUUUUUAGGUGACAAGUUAAGGCAACAGACUAAUUAGAGUUUUGUUUUAAUUAUUUGGAUAUUUAAGGUUUUAUCAGGACGACCUAAUUUGUGGCUUUGAUAUAAGUUACAACGUUUUUGUGAUUUAAAAAACUGCCCUAAGUUCCUGGAGUAAUCGCUCCCCCUACAGACAAUAAACACCAAGUUAACUAUUCACACUGUUGCUACAUUAACCCAUUCGCCCCUGAACCGCCCGUAACCGCCCGUGCGGAUCCAGGUCCUUUCUACCCAUUGUGACGUCAUCAGUUUUAACGGUCAAGGACAACUUUCUUCACUAACUUGUGCAGAGUGAAGAGAUCUUUCAAACCAUACCAGAAUGAGCACAAUUCAGUCAAGGACACCGGAGAAACAAGCAAAAAACCACGUGACAUUGACCUGAAAAUCUCCAUGAAAAUCUUGUCCCAUUACCCACCUACCUUUCCUUUCGCCUAAUCCUAAGAUCCUAAAAGCUUUCCUAAAAACUCUUCCCACCAAAAUCAAGCCUACUAAAUGCCCAGCAAGAGAAAAAAAAAAUGAGGCAAGAAAAGCAAAAAAAGAAGGGAGGAGAGAAAGCGAAAAGUAAAAGUCAAGACUGCUGUGUCACUUUUAAACCCAAAAACUAUGUCGAAAUUUUGCUUUCUGCGCAUGCCCGAACUUCGCAAGCUGAUAUUUUGCAUCUGGAUCGGAAGACCGCGAAGUGUUCGACCUGUAAACCAGUUUGUGGUAAGUUUUAGCUCUUUAUAGCACGACAGUGACCAGAAAACCACUUGACUAGCUUCAAAACGCGUUUUUCGGCAAAAUCUCUAGGAGCGAAUGGGUUAAUCCAUACUGUUACCACAUUGACCCAUACUGUUGCUACAUUGACCCAUACUGUUGCUUCAUCAACCCAUACUGUAUAGGAAGGAGUAACAGUUGGGCCCACCAGUGUUGGCUAUAAGUUGACUUCUGAUGCUCUGGUAUUUGGAGGAAAUACCAUGACAUCUACAGAUGUAGCUGUAGCUUCUGGGUUAUCUGAUGAUGUUGGAGACAAAGAAAAAGUGAAGCAAAUUUCUGAAGGCGUUAGGAUUGAAGCAAUGGAAGAAAUAAAGAGGAAAAUUGAAAGUGCUUUAGAUCGGGUCAAGGUAUUGUGCAAAAUUUCUACCGCAUUAAAUUUAUGAUUUUCAUCCGAGUAUUGUGAUUUUCUCAGAAUAUGCUCCAAAAAAGUUGUUUAAAAAAUUGCCACCUGAGUUGAGCCAAAAUGAAAUCUCUCUCAGAUCCUGUAUAUUAGAAUGACUUGGAAUAGUACGGCUUGUGGAAGUUUUCGCUACCUAUAUCUCUCUGUGCCAGGCUCUCAGUCAGUGCAGAUGAGCAAAAGACAGGCCUGCCGUAGCAAAAAAAUGACUGAUGAGCAAGGGAAAAACGGCGAGAAGAGAGAAUGGAAGAGCUAGUCUGUUCCACAUCCGUUCUUUGUGUCAUUGUGUGACGACACAAAGAACGGCUGUGUAGCAGACCAGGGAAGAGCUUGCAAGCAUCAAUAUGAACACCUCACUUCACCUACUAUAUCAAAAUGUUAAAUGUACAAAUGUGUAGGGCUGGGAAAGUUUCACACAUUUUUCAUAUUUGUUUGACUCUGCAUGUGCGAAGCCAAGUGAGUGACAAAAGUGUUGACGUAAACUGCAAAAAUUGACUUGGUCAACCACAGGGUGUACCAGGAGCUGGUAUACUGAAAUGAGGUAUUGAAAACGAUUCUUACAAGCUUCACUUUUCCAUCUCUCUCCAACCAAUGCAGUUUUCGCGUAAAGUUUUCUCGAUCUGCUUUCCCUAAAAUCUUGAAGCCUGAAACAGGCAGUAGAAAUGAUAUACUUUGUGGACCAUCCCACGUGGAUGAACCCUCCUGAAGCAUAGGGUUCUGCUUACGUAACUCUAGCUAGCAAUUGGGUGGUCAUUGCUCAAUACAAUCACGCCACAUUAUAAAAAUAACCUUAAAAUUCACCCGAGGCACUUUAAAAUAUUUUUGCUAAACACUAAAGGGAAACCUUUCUGUUAAACAGAUCAGUGGUGAGGAACAGCCUGUUAUCCUUGUCGGUGGAGGCAGCAUUCUUGUAGAUGUGACUCCUACUGACAGGACCAAGAUUCUGAAAGGAGCCUCAGAUGUGCUGUGUCCUAAGCAUUAUCAGGUACCAUAGAAUGGUGAAAUAUGAUAUUAUAGGAUACAGGAUUUUGCGGAGCAAAUCCGAACAAGUAUAUAUGUGAAUUAUAAUUUCCCAUGAAUAUAACCCCCGGCUACUUCCAUAGGAAAAUAGAAGAAAAAUAGAACCAAAAGAAAUCCCUAACUGCUUAAUUCCCCGCGUACUUGUUGUAUUUACCUAGCAACUUGAAAUCUCAGUGACAGCCCUGCGGCCUGGGUGUUGUCAAAAAUUACUGGAAAACGGCUGCGCUUCAUAAGAGGUUAGCCUCCUCUUGUCUCCGUCUUGUGAAAGCCUUUGAGCCUGGACCUCAGCCCGGACACUACAGAAAACGCGUAUGAUGCUGACUUGAUUGAGAAAGUAAAAUAGCUCAUGAGCUAGUCUGAUAUUCCUUUGUAGGUUGCAAAUGCAGUUGGUGCUGCUUUAAGCAAAGUCAGUGGAACGUUUGAUCAGGUCGUUCCAAUGGACAACACAACACGUGAGAAGGCACGUGAAAACGCCGAGAAUGAGGCACGUAGGAAAGCAGUGGAGGCUGGGGCUGACGAAAAGACCUUGGAAGUGAUUGAUGUGAUGGAGGUUCCUCUGGCAUAUCUCCCUGGAAAUGCCGUGCGUUACUUUUUAAAAGUUGUAGGAGACUUAGCAGAGUCUGAGGCACAAAACCUGGAGCAAUUAACGGAUCAAGGUACAAAGGUCAAGUCAAUUUUGAGACUUUUGUUCUCUGUUUUCUAAUUGACUGCUCAAUCUCCUUCGUUAUGGAAUGAUAUAGGUGGUUGGGAACAGUCUAGAGAGUGAAGUGGACAAAUGAAAAUAAAAACGAAGGUUGGAUGAAACAAUAACCAAUUGAAAACGUGAAACACCUAACCAAACAAUGUAAAACGAAAGAGCAAGCUAUGCACGGUUGUUUUCCUAACACAAAUUUCUCUUUGUUCUGUUUUUGGACCAGAAAGUAAGGGUUUAUUGUUGGCACUCAGUCUUAAAAACAAUUUUGGAAAGCUAUUUGUUUUGUUUUGUUUGUUUCUUUGUGUCCUUAUGUUGGAUUCGAUUCUAGUUUCUUGCCUGUAAAAGUAGAAGUGGUCAUUGGUCUUAUCAACCGUAAAUUUCUUUUCAGGGACGAAACCAAGGGAAAGUGAAUCGGUGGAGCUUUCUGCAUCGAUCCGGCGGCCAGAAUCCCCUGCUGCUCCUACAGAGCAAAUGAACGUAAAAGAAGAAGAUGAGGCCAAUUUGUUUAGAGAUCCUUAUAUAGACCCUGAAACUGGAGACUGGCUUCUAAAUGAGUUUGAUAUUGAGUGCAUCGCUAUUGGUGCAGGAAUCAUGGGAUGUGGGGGAGGGGGGAGCCCCUACCUUGGUAGAUUAAAAGCCUUGGAACUUCUUAAGGGAGGCAAGGAAAUCCGUGUUAUUCAUCCUAACAGGUGAGAAUACAGACGUAAUCAUACAACGGUGGACGCGUUUGUCUGUUUAUAGAUGUGGAGAGUUGGUGGAAAUAAACUUAUCUAACUUAUCUAAAAUACCCACAUCACUGUCCCUGCUCAAAUGUCAUCACCUAUUCCACGUUUGAAUGUAACUUCUUACCAGCCAUACUGUCAUGAACCUUGUUGGUUUGUUUUACGAUCAUAUCCCAUAACUGUGUAAUCGUUAUAUUUCAGAGCCCCUGAAAAAAAUUGAUUUUUCAAACCGUGAUAUCGAGUACGAAGCCUCAGUUUUUUUCUCCGCUGUAAGAAUCAGUUUUGUAUUUUAUAUUUUUUUUAGGAGAGUUAACGUUAUAUAUCUUGCAGGUUAGGAUCAAACCCACAACUGACAGGGAAAGUGGGAGUUCCAUGUUUUAUGGGUGCGCCAGUGAUCAUCAUUGAAAGAAUGUUCAGCGGUCGUGAAUGCAUUUCAGCGCUUGAGGCAGCGGCAGUGAUUGCAUUCAACAAAAACCAGGUCAAGGAGAAGACUGGAGAUGGGAUACAUGAAGCAGAGGACGUCCAAGACCGCAUAAAAACAGAGGUAAAUUUAGUUCUCCAGUAUUCGCUCUUGUUAUUCUAAAACUCUCGCGUGAACGAAAUUCUGCAAUGUACUAUAAUCAACUGAACAAAACACAGGCGGCCCAAGCUCGGUGCAUAAAUUACCGCGAGUUUCGAUACUGUUUUGCAUGUUACGAACGAUUAAAAGACUUUGUAUGAGAAAUUCAAUAUAGUUGUUAAAACGGAGAAACAUAGGCACAAAUAUAGAAAUAAAUUGUACUUACGUAAACUUACGCGGACGUUUUAUUUACGCUCAUCCAAUAAGAUAAUUCCAAACACCGCUCACGCGCAAUUAGUAGGCUAUCAGAGGGUAGGAAGAUCCAUGUAUGGUCAUGCAACGUUGAUUACCCGGUUCCCCUGAGUCCAUGUUCGCGUUCACUACGAAACACGAAGUCAUUUCCCACGAAUAACACAUCGCAAUACCCAUAACGAGGGGAAGAGAUAAGAGACUGACGUGGCCUAAGGAUUCGGCGCUUUCGUGGUGAAUCGGUGCGCGGUUCUUUGAUGCGGGAGAGAUUUGUAAGCUGAGACUGCACACAGUCACCUGCCUUGCUUCGCUUUAUGUAGGAAAACAACACCGAACAAACAACGAGCCGCAAAACCGUAUAAAAUAACAAUGAAUAAUUGAGCCCAGGUUAGAAGGAAAAGCAACAACAGGCCCAAGUUUACGAAAGUAUAAUUUAUUUCUAUAUUUAUGUCUAUAUUUCUGCGUUUUAACGACUAUAUUGAAUUUCUCAUACAAAGUCUUUAAAUCGUUCAUAAUACGCAAAACAGUAUCGAAACUCGCGGUAAUUUAUGCUUGGGCCGUCUGUGAACGAAAUGGCUUAUAAACAGAAACAACAUUGUUUAGUUGCGCUCUUUACCAUAGACUCUACUCACCAGAUGGUUUGCAAAAAGACAGUUCUAGAGAGUUGACCGUAGGUAACAGCUCCCGGCUCCGGAGGGCACGCGCUGUACUUAGAAAAAACGGCAUAGCCUAUGAAAAUCGGUCACCCCACGGUCGGCUGAAGAAUUGGAUAUCUGGGUAACGAGCGUAGAUAUUCCAUACUGAUGACGUAUCACCACUUAGUUCUGGGUAGUGUUUCUGUUUGGGCGUGCCGCGAGGGAAGUUUGCUUUAACCAAUCAGAAGCGCUACCCAGAUCUGGGUAGUGACACGUCAUCAGUAUGGAAUUUCUGCGCUCGUUUCUCAGACGUCAUUUGGCGGGGAACCAGUGGUAGUGUCGAAAAUUGUCGGCUCUCAGGCUAAGAAAAGCAGAAUUCAAGAUUUUUACAGCUCAGACUGAGAUAAUCGAAAUGUCGAAAUUUUAAAGAUUUAACAGCAUCAAUUUCACUUUAUAUCCUUUUAGCUUCCAUCCACAAAGAAACUAGUUGCGUUAGUGUGUGCUGAAAUAGGCGGUGCCAACUCCAUUGAACCUUUAACAGUAGGUGCAGAGCUCAAUAUCCCUAUUGUGGACGCGGAUGGCAUGGGCCGAGCCUUUCCUGAGCUACAGAUGUUUUUGCCGUUUGUUUAUGGCUGCCCGCCGUACCCUGCGGCCGUUGCUAACGAAACUGGUCAUGUGGCCGCUGUCACGUUUGCUGAUGGUGCUAAGCGAUUGGAGGAUUUCCUCAGAAUGAAAACACUGGAAAUGGGGUAGGUAUUAUAAUCAUACAAGACCUUGGCCCCCCAAAACAUUUGGACCGGGCUUUUCGAAGCUGGAUUGAUAACGUAGGAUUAGUUAAAAAUUUGAAUUUUGACUGAAAGUGUUAAAAAGCAAAUUGUGUGUAAUUACUUUUUGUCUACAAUUUGAUGCGCGAAAAAGAAUUGAAAAAAUCAUCCGUGAAAAUGCUUUUGACAAGAGGUAAACCCCAGGUUAGCGCUAAUCGACCUUCGAAUAACUGGACCCUGGGAGGUUAACCACUAUAUCGCGGCUACCAUUGGCCUCAGAAUUUUGUUUUACUGAGUGUAACUGAUAUAUCUGAAUCUCAUAUUCUUUAUCUUAGGUGUAUGGCUGGGUUAUCGUUCAUUGUUAACUGGACAGAUAUAAAGGAUAAGUUUGCCCUGUACUCUCUGAGCCGAACCCGGCGCUUAGGCAAUGCAGUAUUACGUGCAAGACACAAUAAAGAGUCCCCUGUAGAGAGCAUUCUACAACAUGAGAAUGGCAAACUUUUGAUCACUGGAAAGGUUUGACAAAUGUUCUUGUUUGUAAUUUUGUUUAAAGAAUGUUUCGUCGUCCUCUUGAAACAAGGUUGCGUUGCUUUUACUGCCCAGCUCAUACUAUGGAAAGUAAUGGUAAUAAUAGAUCCCCAUAACUGAAAAAAAUAAUAGUAAGUAACUAUACUUGAAGGUCAAUGACUUAACGGAUCUCAUAAAGAAAUGAAAACAGCCAGAGAGCUGAUAACCAAGCAAAAAAAGCAUGAUAGAUGUCCGGCAUUUCUGAUAGUUGUGAGUUAAAACCGUUUACCAGUACUGUAUAUUUUAUUUUGUUUUUAGAUUGCUGACGUGAGCCGUGUUACGGAGGGUGCCUUCAACAAGGGCAGGUUGACAAUUGAAGGUUCCUCACGUUUUAGUGGCGUUAACCUUGAAAUUGAAUUUCAAAAUGAGAACUACGUUGCCUUUACAUCAAACCCUGAUGGCUCUAAGAAUAUCCUGGCUACUGUACCAGACCUCAUUUCUUUAGUAGAAGAAGACACAGGGGAACCAGUCACCACUGAGGAAGUCCGUUAUGGUUUGCGAGUCGCUGCAAUAUUUAUGCCUUGCUUUCCACUAUGGACUAAACCGCAAGGGUUGGCCACAGGCGGACCAGCCGCAUUUGGUUAUCAAGAUGUGACGUACGUUUCUGUGAAUACCUAUAAAGAAUACCCACCCUUCCCUAGAUACUGAUAGUUUUGUCACUCUUUUGCGAGACCAAAAUGUAGUAGUUCCUUUUCAGCUCAAUUCGUUGUUAGCCAUUCCACGGUGACAGACUUUGGUCCUUAUAGCAGGUGGUAUUAAAUUCAAUAAUAAACAUCACAGUUUCCGUACUUUCAGGUUGUAAUCAGCUAUUUGUUUUACUUCACAUUAUGUCACACCCAUUAGCAGGUUCUGUAAGUACUAGCGAAGUAUGUUAUUCAUCCGAAACAUGUCUAGAAAACUUAAACAGUCGUAACUCUUGCCGCUUAAAAUUAUAGAUAUACCAUUUAUGACAU